CAAGGCCUGGGCUGUAUUUCAAUUUUCAUCUCAUCUCCCUUGUCGUCCUAGCUCACCUUCUCUAUCCUCUCCUCUCCCUCACCUUCAAGCAGCGCAAUCGUCUUUGGAGGUUGUAUUUGAUGCCGCAAAAGGGGGCGAAACAGUAUUAGGAGGAACCCUACCUCAGACUAGCCGCCUCAACAAUUAAAACCCUAGAUCCAUCAGAUUAACAUACAUAUACAUAUAUUUUUUUCGUUGAUUUUCGAAUCGAAAAGAUGGCGACUUCUGCGCCUCAAUCUCAAUCUCAAUCUCAGCCUCCCUCCGCUGAGGAAGAACUGCUCAAGAGGAGCACCGAUUGUGUUUACUUUCUUGCUUCGCCUUUAACUUGCAAAAAGGGAAGCGAAUGUGAGUACCGCCAUAGUGAUGUUGCACGGAUGAAUCCAAGGGACUGUUGGUAUUGGUUACAUGGCAACUGCAUGAAUCCGAAGUGCGCGUUCCGUCAUCCGCCUCUUGAAGGAUUGCUGGGAACCCAAGGGCCUACAUCUGCUGGACCCUCUGCACCUGUGCCUCAGGCUGUUACAGGGCCUGCAUCACAUGGCCAAAAUGCCUUUUUCAACAAGCCAUCUGCGGCAUGCGUAUUUUUUCAAAAAGGGCACUGUUUAAAAGGUGAUUGGUGCCCAUUUCUUCAUGCGCCAACUGCCUCAAAUACCAAAGCAAUACCUGUUCCAGUAACAGGAUCUUCUGUUGACUAUGCAAAUAUAAGUAAGCCUUCCAGCGGAGUUGAGAAGCCUUUGCAACAGAAGGUUACACCUAUAAAUGUAGCCAAAUCAUUUAUUGAUGCUGCACGAGUAAAACCACUGCCUGCAGUGGAAUCUACUGCUCCUAGAUACGAAUCUGCUGUAAGCAGGAAAGCUCCACAAACAUCAGGGAGUAAUGUAUUCUCCGGGUACAGGACUGCUACUCCUGUAUCUAAUGGGCACCCAGGCAGCUGGUCUAAUCGUGCUCAGCAAUCUCACCUGCUCGAUGAACCUGAAAGCAUGUACAACAAGGAUGCAGAAGAAGUUUCAAGGGAGCCUUCUCCUGGAUUUGAUGUUCUCGUAGACGAUGAGGGAAGAGAUUCUGAGUUCUAUCCAGGUGAAGAUAGAUAUGGGAUGUCGAGAGAACAUGAACAUGGGAGUGAAUAUGAAAUUAAUCGCUCUGCUGACUACAGCCUGAUUGCUGCUAAAGAUGAUGAUAUUUAUCAGGGUCGUCAUGGUUAUGACUCACUUGAGCACCGUAAGGGACAGUAUGCUUGGGAGCAGCACCGAGCUUCCUCUGAAAGGAUGUCUGGUGGGUCUUAUCAUGAAAGGAGGCCAUAUGGUCGGCAAGAGAAUCAUGGUCAAGUUGAUGAACAUGAUCUCAGGCACCGUCUAACAAAGCAUAAGAAGCCUAAUGGUUUAAGAUCUGUCAUUAAUCAUGAACAUGCCCGCGACAUGCAUGUAAGAGAGAGAAGCUACUGGGGUUCACAUAGGGAGGAGCAACGAAAUACCUCGAGGGAGAAUUCUCAUGGAAGUCGCCUUCGAGGGAGAAUACGACUUCCUGAAAGAUCGUCUUCUCCAAACAACAGGGAUAUGAUUAGGACUACUGAUCGUAUCUCCUCACAACCAGGAAGAAUCCGUGACAGAAUAAAAGGAAGGCCAGAAGAAGCUUCCAAUGGUGGUGCAAAGAACUAUCCAGGUCCAGACUCAAGAAGAGACUUUGUAGGUGAGAAUAACGGUGAUUUUGCUAAGCCAAAAAGCCUAGCAGAACUGAAGAACCAGAAAAAUGCUGAUUCUAGUAGACAGGACGAGACCGGUCAACAAUCACUUGGCAAGAGAAAAAAUGUGAGUGAUUGGCACCAACAUAGUGAAAAUGAUCUUUCAUUUGAAGGACCUAAGCCACUACAAGAGAUUCUAAAGCGGAAGAAACGCGAAACAAAUGGAACUAUUGUGGGUAUGAAUUCAUCAGGCACUGAGGGUGUCACAGGGGAGAAAGUCCAGGAAGAAAGAGAGGGUGCAACAGAGGUGCCCAGUACUCAAGUUCAAACGAUGGAGGCAGGAGAGGGUAAGCCAGAAGCUGAAGAUGGUGAACUUGGUGAGGAUCCGGAACCUGAACCCUAUGAGCAGAAAGACGGGGAGUCCGAUUAUGAACAAAUGGGCGGGGAGGAUUACGCGAUGUAUGAGGAUGGUGAGAAUGGAGAUGCUGUAGAGGAAUACGUUGAUGAAGAAGAAGACGAUGAUGAGUUUGCAAAAAAGAUGGGCGUUAUGUACUCCUGAAAUCCGAGUCUCUUGACGCAGCCUUUUGUCUUGAGAAGUGGCAAGUUUAUAAUAGACUCUCCUAAUUUUGAUUUCAGAAGUAGAGUAGUGCCGAAUGUACCAUUAGAAACCUCCUUUUAUUGUGGAGUAUUAAACCUCUGGCUGGAUCUUUUCUUUUUCCCUUUUUGUAGUUCCUCUAUUUACCAGUUAAAUUUCUCAGAGUUUAUGAAGAUGAAUAAUAGUUGUUGGCAUCAUGCCUUUUUCUCCCA